CUCCCUAGCUGAGAGUGUCCUGGUGCCCACUGGCAGCUGCAGCCCUUGGCCACACACACCUUCGUGGGGAGUGACCCGUGGCGGCAGCCUUUCCCACACCAGGAAACGAGUGUCACAUCCUGGUCUCGCUUGCCUCUACCCACAGCCACCCGUCCCCACUGCUGUGACAGUGUGUGGCAUGGCCAGUGGCCAGGGCCUGAGGGUGGGCACAUGGGCAUUCUCCCCAUUUCGGAGUGGGCAUCCUGGAAUACAUCCUUUGGGGGGCCAAGCAACGGGAGCGGGCCCCUCUCCAGCCCCUGGUACAGCACACACAAGACUCAGCUCUGGGGAGUUUUACUUGCUGCUGCUUCAAAUUUUCUGAUUAGUGUCUCUCUGAGUAUACAGAAAUGCGCUCAUCUCCGACUGGCUUGCCAAACAGAGCCGAAGCCCUACUACACGAGCAAGCUGUGGUGGUGUGGGAUGACCCUGCUGGUGCUUGGAGAGGUGGGCAGUUUCACAGCCUAUGGAUUUGCCCCCAUUGCCCUUGUUGCUCCACUGGGAUAUGUAUCUGUCAUAGGUAGUGCAUUUAUUUCUGUCUUAUUCCUAAAGACCGUGAGGGCUGCUGAUAUAUUGGGAGGAACACUGGCAGUAACAGGGACUUACUUGUUGGUGACAUUCGCUCCAAAUGUACCCCAAGAGCUCACAGCAAGACGAGUACAGAAUUACUUAGUGAGCUGGCCUUUUUUGGCGUAUUCAAUCUUAGAAAUUAUAACAUUCUGCAUUCUCCUCUAUUUUUACAAAAGAAAGGCUGUGAAACACAUCGUGGUUCUGUUAAUGAUGGUAGCACUACUGGCAUCGCUGACUGUCAUUGCUGUAAAGGCUGUGGCCAGCCUGAUAACAGUCUCUGUGAAGGGGAAAAUGCAGCUAACUUAUCCUGUCUUCUAUAUCAUGAUUCUUUUAAUGGCAAUUUCUUGUGCUUUCCAAGUCAAGUUCUUGAAUCAAGCAACGCAUCUGUAUGAAGUGACAGCAGUUGUGCCCAUUAAUUUUGCGUUCUUCACUACCAGUGCCAUCAUUUCAGGGGUCAUAUUUUAUCGGGAAUUCCAAAGUGCAGCUUUGCUGAGCAUGUUCAUGUUUCUGUUCGGGUGUCUCCUAUCUUUCCUUGGUGUAUUUGUAAUUGCAAGAAAUAAAAAAGAGGAGCAUUUACAAAUUCCUUUUAUUGACUGUGGACAUAUUCCUGGACAAAAAUUGACAGGCAAAAUACAACCAGAUUCUCACAGUUCAUGCUAUGGCACUUUGAAUAACGAAGACGCCUCGGUGAAAAGUCAAAGCUGAAAGAAGAAAGCACCUUACAUGCCAACGACCAGGAGGAAUGCCACUGCACCAAGGACCAGAAGCACCUUUUUGCUGGACAGUCAAGUGUAUGUUGAACUCCUGUAUGUUGAUGAGUCAUAGUGUUAUUUAAUCCUACUUAGUUUAUCCCAUGGUCGUCCCAAAUGUGUUCUGAAGAUAAAGGAAGCCUUAAGAGAAACUAAAUGACUGUUAAUGAAGUGGAACAGUCUCCUAGUAUCCAUGCCUCUUGAGGCUAUUUUUAGAGUCUUAAUUGCCUUGAAAUGCAAACAGGCACAGAACAGGAUUAUAAAAAUUCCCCUUUGAAACCCCUCAGAUCUGUGUAGAUGCUUAAAGACAAAGGUGGGAAAUGAGGACAAUUUUUUUUAAGUGACUUCAAAGUAUUGUGCUAUAUGUAUAACACCUUUACAAAUCUGAUCCUUCCUGUUCAGGAGUCAAAACUGUGGGUUUAUGUAUAGUAUACACAAAUACAUUCACACAAAGUAUUUUGUACUGUGUGUGGAGGGAAAAUCCUGAUUAUCUUCUGCUGUCAGAUUAAUUCUCUUAUCUUCCAAGGAAAUUAGCACUUGUGUGAGGAGAGGGGAGACGGCAUUUGCCAUAAACACAGGCACCUUUGCACAGGCACACACUGGAGGUGCCCAGCCAAGGCAGAGCCUGACAUUUUACAUCCUCCCAGAAGAGUCCCGUUGCACUGGGCUGUGCUGGGCUCAGCUGCAUUACCUGUUAGAAUAGUCUAGCCUGAGGUUUAACCUCUGCUUUCAGGAAAACAAGGUUUUAGUGAAGGAAGCAGAAAGUUCUCCAGCGGCAAUGGGGUAGCCAGGCUACCUCCCUUGAUGUGUCUUGAAAAAAUGCUCCUAAAAAAAAGAAAAGUAGGGCAACUCUUGCCUCCUUCCUAAACCGCUGGUAAUCCUGCAUGAGGAAAGGCUGUGAAAAACAGGAUCAGAAAGAGUCACAGGAACAGUACAGUUUUCCCUUCGUUAAAUAGUAGCGUCUCCACACUGACUUGAAGAGCCAGCAGUGACAGGGAGCCAUGGCAGCACGGGCUCUGUGUUCAGGUCUGGGAGGUCUCGAUGUCCCUCAGUCCCAGCCUCCCGGUGAGAAAGCUGCUUCUGGGCACCCAUCACAGGUCUACUCACCCCGGCCUGGUAGCACUGAUCUACCUCAGCUGGUACAGCAGGGGUCAGACACCUCUGCAGAAACAAGUGAAAGUGCUCUUGAAUAGUGUUCACAUCUUGGACAAGAUGUGAACCCAGAGUUUUAGGUCUGAAUUAAUCUGCAGCAAUGGAUAGGGGCCAUAGGCCAUGUGUAUUUUGUUUCAGUGGGAAAUGAGGUCUCUUCUUUUUCCCCAUUUAAAAAUAGGUGCAUUUAUAACAGGUACAGCUGAAGGUCUGUAAGGCAGUUUCAUUUUAAACCCCACGAACUGCACACAGAGCUGCAGCUUUUCCUGUGCCGCAGUGUCCCAGGAGCCAGGGCGCGGGGGAGCUGCUUGUGAAGCUGUUUUCCAACACGGACCUUUUCCAGCUGGCACAGGAUGAGACUCUGUGUCUGCACCUUACUUGUACCAGCUGCCUGGCCGUGGCCUUCCUUUCCCCUCUUACAGCUUGAGUUCAAGUUUCUAAAGCUUAAAAUAAAAAAAAGCACAUUCUUUUCGUCUGCUUUCUCCGGGGAGUAAGAGCAUGCCUCUGCCUUUCUUUUGCAAGGCAAAUUUAAGCCGCUUUCUAAGUCUCAAGUGAGAGCACGUGCUAAAGGUGGAAACAGGAGGCCUACAGGUUUUCAUUCUGUGACCUGGGAAACAAAUGGGUGAAAGGAUUUAGUUUUGUUUCUUUUUCAAAUUAUUGGCCUUGGGCAGAAAUCUGUUUCCAUAACUCAGGAGGGUUGGAGGAGGUUUCUCUUUAAAGCAAGAAACCAAAUGUAAAAAUCUGUGGCAAAAGUUAUUAUUUAUUUUAAACUACCGUAUUUGUUCUUGAACAACACUUUUUUCCUUCCUAUGGGUUUGUACAAAAAUUAAAAGGGUUAAAAUGUUUUCUUUAAACUCCAAUGUAAUUGGAAUUAAUUUAUGGAGCAAAACACUGGUGGGAAUUAUGUGCAAUUAAAAGGGAUUUGACAUGAUUUUUGAGAUGUGAACAUGUUCCAACUAAUUAAUGCAUUAUAAGAUCCGAAAAACUCAGUGAUGAGAAUUCAUUACUGCCUGCCA